AUGGCCUUUUGGCCAAAUGAUGCAGGCCGGUUUAAUAUCGGUCACCUAAUGGAUGGAACCUCAAUGCAAGUUAUGGGGGAAUUUGUGCAGCCCCCCUCGUCAUAUUCCCCACAAAUUGCAGAGCAGCACUCUGGACACCUCAGUGAAGUAUUCUCAUAUGGGGUCAAUCCUGGAAGCUCUUCAAGGCCUGCACUCUUUGGUGGAAAUAAACGGAAAGGUGGUGUCCUUGUGAAGGUUAUUCAUGCAGAAAUGACCCAGAAUGGUAAAGGAUCCCUAUCUUUCAGUGAGCUCGGGCAGACAUACCUUAACAUCAAUGUAGAUACAGCCAAUGUCUACUAUAUUCUAUCCAAGGCAAGAGAUGCCUUCAAUGAUCCCUCUUUAGAGUUGGUGUCUAGUAAUGGUCUGAGGAUAAUGGACAACGAAGGCACUAAAGGUUACUAGUAAUAUAAUUUAUUUGCAUUGUUGUCUUUACCAUCGCAUAACAUAUAUAGGUCUUGAUAUAUCCAUAGGUCUUGAAUAUCCACACAUAAUCAUUGGGGUAUAUUAUCAGUAACAUUUUAUUACUGUUUCGAAAAUCAUAAAUAUACAGCUGAAUAUUCUUCAAAGUUCUUCUAUGCAAUGUCACUUUUGUCCUUUCAGUGUACUGCGAGUUCAGUCGAAAUAUUAGACCCAGGGCACUGGGAAAAUAUUGGUCCAUUUAGUCUAUUGUUUGAACUUUGUGAAGUCAUUGAUCUUCAUCGUCAUCAACAUUGUAUUAACUUGUGUCUGUGUUUUUUGUACUGUAGGUUUGUCUUUUUGGAAGUGUGGAAGCAGAAAAAUUUAUGCUGUGAGGGUCACUACACAUGUUCCUUUAAAGAGAUCAGCCAAGUCAAAGGCAAAAGCAAGUUAUUGUUCAUGUUAUGACAUUUCUGAUGACAGUGAUGAAGACUUCACUCCCUAG